AUGACACGCAUCUUCAUCACUGGUUCUAGCGAUGGCAUCGGCCAAGCCGCAGCCAAAAUCCUUGCUGAACAAGGCCACUCAGUCGUCCUACAUGCACGAAACGCAGACCGCGCAGCCUCGGCUCAUAAAGCCGUCCCAAAAGCCGAAGCAGUACUAGUUGGCAAUCUACAAUCAAUAUCCGAGAUCAAAAACCUCGCACAAGAAGCCAAGAGAAGCGGGCCUUUCGAUACCAUCAUUCAUAAUGCAGGCAUUGGCUAUGGUGCUACAUCUAGUCGGGAGAUUACCGCAGACAAAAUUUCCGCAGUGUUCUCGGUCAAUACGCUCGCGCCAUACAUUCUCACUGCGUUGAUGGACAAACCAACCUCACGGCUACUAUACAUGAGCUCGGAUUCUCACUAUGGUGGUGAUGAAUCUCUACGCAAUGUGACACAGUCAACCUCGUACGGGGACAGUAAAUUACAUGACGUGAUGCUGGCCAAUGCCUUCUCUCAAAGGUGGGGUGAUAGUAUCCAGGUUGUGAGUAUGCAUCCCGGCUGGGUGAGGACCAAGAUGGGUGGCUCUGCAGCUCCUGGUGGGUUGGACAAGCCAGCCCAGGCUUUGGCAGAGUGGGCUACUGGGCAAGGCAAAUUGGCGAAUCUCAAGAGUGGAGCAUUUUUCACUACAAGGGGCGAAGAGUCAGCGCAUCCAGGCGCAGGUAAUGUGGGUAAGCAGGAGGAGCUAUUAAAGAUCUGCCAGGAGGUAUCUGGAGUCCCAAUCCCAGAGUAA